GUUUUUCUGAAAACGAAAAUGGAUUUUCUUUCAUGCAAGGGAAGGAUAUCAUUUUCACCUUUCCUUUAUCGCUUUUGCUUUUUGGAAAGUAGCCAAAUUCAUUGUUCAAGCAUAUCAUAAACCAGAAACUUCUUCUCUCUCUCUCUCUCUCUCUCUCUCUCUCUCUCUGGUGCUCUCUGUACUAUCCAAUUCCCAUCUCAUUUACAGUAAAUCUUUUCCAUUUUCUUGUCUCUUUUUCUUUCCAAAUAUCUAGUAGAAUACAUUACAUUAUACGGUAAAAGCAUUUUCUUCUCAGAUUUUCUCCUGAUUCUCUCAUAACUAUUUGUUCAUUUAUCUUUUCAGCCAAACACCCAUUUGAGGGGAAAAGCUCAACUGGGUUUUUUAGUUUUCUGAUUACACAAGCAAAUGGGAGGUUCCAAAACCAGGCCGCCGACAAGGCAGCCAUUUUCAUUUUCCUGCAUUUUCUUACUGUUUCUCACCCUUUCAUUGACUUCUCAGAAAACCCAUUUUGUUGUUGGCCAAACACAGCAGCCCAUCAAAACAAUUGUGGUUUUGGUGAUGGAAAACCGUUCCUUUGAUCACAUGCUUGGGUGGAUGAAGAAAGCUGUUAACCCAGCUAUCAAUGGGGUUACAGGCGAUGAAUGCAACCCGGUUUCCACUAAGAAUCCGAAACCAGAAUCAAUUUGUUUCACUGAUGAUGCUGAGUUCGUGGAUCCGGAUCCGGGGCACUCAUUUGAAGCAGUUGAGCAACAGGUAUUUGGCUCUAGUUCUUUUCCUUCCAUGAAUGGCUUUGUAGAACAAGCACUGUCUCUGUCUCAGAACCUCUCUGAAACUGUAAUGAAAGGUUUUAGACCUGAAUCUAUACCAGUUUAUACCGCUUUGGUUCGUGAAUUAGCUGUGUUUGAUAGAUGGUUCUCUUCAAUUCCUGGUCCAACCCAACCCAAUAGGCUCUUUGUCUACUCUGCUACUUCUCAUGGUUCAACAAGCCAUGUCAAGAAGCAGCUGGCUCAAGGUUACCCACAAAAGACCAUCUUUGAUUCCCUCCAUGAGAAUCACGUGGACUUUGGGGUUUACUUUCAGAACAUACCAACAACUCUUUUCUAUAGGAAUAUGAGGAAAUUGAAGUUCAUAUUCAAGUUUCAUCAAUUUGGUUUGAAGUUCAAGAAAGAUGCUAGAAAAGGGAAACUACCAAGAUUUACAGUAAUUGAACCGGCAUAUUUUGAUCUUAAGGGAAUGCCUGCAAACGAUGAUCACCCUUCUCAUGAUGUUGCUAAUGGGCAAAAGUUAGUUAAGGAGGUUUAUGAGGCGUUGAGAGCAAGUCCUCAGUGGAAUGAGACCCUUUUGGUUAUUACAUAUGAUGAGCAUGGUGGAUUCUUUGAUCACGUCAAGACUCCUUUUGUCAAUGUACCUAACCCAGAUGGGAACACAGGCCCAGCACCUUAUUUCUUCAAAUUCGACCGGCUUGGUGUUCGUGUUCCGACAAUUAUGGUCUCUCCUUGGAUCAAGAAAGGGACUGUUAUCAGUGGUCCAAAGGGACCUACUCCAAACUCUGAGUUUGAGCACUCUUCAAUUCCUGCAACCGUCAAGAAGAUGUUCAACCUUUCCUCGAACUUCUUGACUCAUAGAGAUGCAUGGGCAGGGACAUUUGAGCAUGUUGUUGGGGAAUUGUCUUCUCCAAGGACGGACUGUCCAGAGACCUUGCCAGAUGUGACACCUUUGAGGAGUACGGAAGCAAAGGAAAAUGGCGGAUUAUCUGAGUUUCAGGGUGAGGUAGUACAAUUGGCUGGGGUUCUUAAUGGUGAUCACUUCCUGAGCAGCUUCCCCGAUGAAAUGAGCAAGAAGAUGAGCGUGAAGGAGGCUCAUGAAUAUGUGAAAGGUGCUGUUUCAAGGUUCAUAAGGGCAAGCAAAGAGGCGAUCAAGUUGGGGGCAGAUGAGUCAGCAAUUGUAGAUAUGAGAUCCUCCCUCACAACCAGAUCUUCCAUCCACAACUAAUACAAAACUUUCUCAACGAGGAUUUCUAUUUGCAUAUCUAUGCAUCAGUAUUGACGCCCCUCAUGUGAGUUCAGGUUUUUUGUCUAUUAAAUCUGCAGACAAUAUAUAUAUAUAUAUAUAUAUAUAUAUUAAAGUGAGUA